AUGCGUCACUUUCGCUCGCUGCUGAAGCCCUCGCGGCCGUGGAUGGCCGCGGCCGUGCUGCCCGCCGCGCUGGGGGCGUCGUACCUGGCGCAGCAGCAGGAGUCGAGCCGCUGCAAGGCCGCCGCCAUCCCCACGUCCGAGUUCCUGUACCAGCCGCUGUCGCAGGACAAGGUGCCCAAGAGCAGCAUCGAGUUCGACACCAAGGCGCCGCUGCCCAAGCGCAUGGAGGCGCUGAUCAUGCGCGUGCAGGACGAGAUCUGCGCCGGCAUCGAGGCUGUAGACGGCAAGAAGUUCCGCGAGGACAAGUGGGAGCGCGAGGGCCACGGCGGCGGCGGCCGCAGCCGCAUCCUGCAGGACGGCAACGUCUUCGAGAAGGCUGGCGUGGGCGUCUCCAUCAUCCACGGCAAGCUGCCGCCUGCUGCUGUGAAGCAGAUGACGGCGAGGGGAAAGGACCUCAAGGAGGGCGCCGAGCUGCCCUUCUACGCCUGCGGCGUGAGCCUCGUCAUGCACCCGCACAACCCCAUGGCGCCCACGAUCCACCUCAACUACCGCUACUUCGAGGUGGAGACCGGGUACCUGGACAAGGACGGUAAGCCCAAGAAGAUCGGAUGGUUCGGCGGAGGCGCCGACUUGACGCCCAGCUACCUCUUCGAGGAGGACGCGCGCCACUUCCACGCCGUGUACAAGACGCAGCUGGACAAGCGCGACCCUGCCAUCUACCCCAAGUGGAAGAAGGCCUGCGACGAGUACUUCCACAUCCCGCACCGUCAGGAGGGACGCGGCAUCGGCGGCUUCUUCUUCGAUGACCUCACGGACACGUCCGAGGAGAACUUCCAGAUGAUCCGCAGCUGCGCCAACUCCAUGCUGGACGCCUACCUGCCGAUCAUCAAGAAGCGCAAGGACAUGCCCUUCACCAAGCAGCAGAAGGAGUGGCAGCAGAUCCGCCGUGGCCGCUACGUCGAGUUCAACAUCAUGUACGACCGCGGCACCAAGUUCGGUCUGCUGACUCCUGGAUCUCGCGUCGAGUCGAUCCUCAUGUCGCUCCCGCUGACUGCGCGUUGGGAGUACAUGAACAAACCUGCGCCCGGAUCGUGGGAGGAGAAGACCCUCGACGUGCUCAAGAACCCCGUCGACUGGCUGGACGUGCCUGCUGUUGACCUGGAGGCGCUCUCAACGGGUGACCUGCUCAAGGAGCUUGCCAGAAGGAGCGAAUAAGUAGCUCAACCAAGCCCGGAAUACUGGUCUGAUCAUUCUUUACAGUGUGCAUGCAUGUACGUAAGAAUCAAACCGACACAAAUACAAAGCUCAAGAAU